GACAAACUGACUCCCCUGUUCUGAAAUCCCGCGCCACUACUAGUGAUCAUUAAUGGCGGUCAAAUGUCUACAUUUUCGUUCGAUGGGGAUGGCGAACCUGACUCCUUUAGCCUUGCUAAAUUGCAAUCGGUCGUUAAUCUUUAUUUCUUGACAAGCUGGAGAAACUGGUUGAAGGAAGUUAUCAUAAGGUAUAUGAUGUCUUGCGAUCGGAUGGCGCCCCUCUCGAUGCUGUCGUUCGAGUGGCCUCUCCUGCGUUUCCAAAGGACAAGCUCGAGUCAGAGGCAGCUACAAAUACAUGUUAUGUCGUUCGUGUUGGCAUUUAAGACUCUACGUUCUUUCGAAAGGUCGCGACGUGCAAGAUGAUCGUUGCGUUCACAAAUAUACCUGUUCCGCGAAUCUAUGCAUGGAACUCUGAUGUGUCGAACCCUGUUGGAGCAGAAUACACGAUCUUGGAUAAAGAUCGCCAAAACUAACUAAUGUGACCGUCUGGGAUGUUUCACUCAUACAUCGCACAUUCAAGAUUAAAGGGCCUCUGCUAGCCAUAACUGGGAUAAUCUCUCUGAAGAGGUUAAGAAGGCCG